ACAGGUCAUUCUUUGAUCACUCCAUGCACAGUGCGCUGCCUCUUGGAAUAUACUUGGCAACGAAGUUCUGGAUGUACGUGACAUGGUUCUUCUGGUUUUGGAAUGAUCUGAACUUUUUCUUUAUACAUCUUCCAUUCCUUGCUAAUAGCAUUGCACUUUUCUACAAUUUUGGAAAAUCCUGGAAAUCUGAUCCGGGAAUCAUCAAAGCCACAGAAGAACAAAAGAAAAAGACAAUAGUAGAACUUGCAGAGACAGGAAGUCUGGACCUCAGUAUAUUCUGCAGUACCUGCUUGAUACGGAAGCCAGUGAGGUCCAAACACUGUGGUGUAUGCAAUCGAUGUAUAGCAAAGUUUGAUCACCACUGUCCGUGGGUGGGCAACUGUGUAGGAGCAGGGAACCAUCGCUAUUUUAUGGGAUACCUGUUCUUCCUGCUUUUUAUGAUCUGCUGGAUGAUUUAUGGAUGUAUCUCUUACUGGGGUUUCCACUGUGAGACAAGUUAUGCAAAGGAUGGAUUUUGGACCUAUAUUACACAGAUUGCUACCUGUUCUCCAUGGAUGUUUUGGAUGUUUCUAAACAGUGUUUUUCACUUCAUGUGGGUGGCUGUGUUACUCAUGUGUCAGAUGUAUCAGAUAUCUUGCUUAGGUAUCACUACAAAUGAAAGAAUGAAUGCAAGAAGAUACAAGCACUUUAAAGUCACAACCACAUCUAUUGAAAGCCCAUUCAACCAUGGAUGUAUAAGGAACAUUAUAGACUUCUUUGAAUUCAGAUGCUGUGGUCUUUUUCGGCCUGUUAUCGUGGACUGGACAAGGCAGUAUACAAUAGAAUAUGACCAGACUUCAGGAUCAGGCUACCAGCUAGUGUAGCACCACCUUCAUCCUGUGAGCAUAUCAUAUCUGAGUGGUGCCUGAAAAAUUUUAGCUCUCUCUCGAAUCCGCAUCCCUUGAAGAGUAGCAUGCUAUGUGUAGGGCUGAUGAUGAAUCUUAAGGUACCUUCUCUUCAUCAGAAUUUUAUUAACAAAAGUAAAAAUGGACAGAAUAAACUGCCAAACCUGAUAAGGAAGAGGAGGAAGAUCAAAAAGGGAUUUUAACAGUUCUUAACAUGAGAGUUAUUCACGACAGCUUAUUCACAGUAUUUGUUGUUGGGUUUUUUUAUUUAAGGUCUUUCACAAUGGAGCAUGAGAUUAUUGAAAUAUUGGCGUAAGUAGUUACGUUGUGCUGAGCAGUAAAAUUUAUUGCCCAAGAUUAAUAAUUCCACUGAAACAAAAAUCUAGAAUAUAAAAUUAAAUUUCAUGAUGCAGAGUUCACUGGUCACUAUGUUGUAGUUCCUGUAAUGUGAUUUUUUCAUACAGAUUUUCUGUAGUAUUAUGUACAUUGAAAAAUGUGCUUUUCAGUACUAUUACAGACAUCAUGUGGUGGGAAUCCCCUGUAACGUGUUAAGUUAUAGCAGUAGGGCACAUCAGAUAACGUUGAGAACAAAUAUGUUGCCCACAUUUUUUGGUGAUUUUUUGUGCCACCAGUUAGUGGUACAACUAAAUACUUGUAAUAACCCUGUUAUGAGAUUAUAUAGUCUGAAAUAAACAGUUGUGUAAAUAAGGAAAGCUCUUCUGUCAGAGUUAAAGCCCUACUUAACUGCAUGAUACACCUGUAAAACUAGACUACAGUAUAUAAUGUUCAGGAAAAAAGUGGAAAAAAAUUCAUUAUCUUUGAAGUAAUUGUAUAAGCAAUUUACAAACUAGCAAUGUUUCAUAUUAGGUUUGGUCUUCAUACAGUAUCAUGUAGUCUAAUUGGAGACAUGUUGGAAGAGAAAUAGCAACCACAGAUGUGAAAGGAAAAAUCUCAAUUAUAAAAAGACAAGGUAGUUUUAAAUUGGAUACAACUGCAGAAGAAGAACCCAAAGUUGUCUGAAAUGCUGAUUUUGUUUGGAUGUAAAAUAAUGGAAACCGAACUUUAAAAAAUUUAAAAAUCCCCAUAAUAGCACACGUGCACAGAAAAUGUAAUGCAGUGUUUUGAAGAUGAUGGUGUGUUGGCACGUGGAAGUCACCCUUAAUUUCUUUUUUUAAGUUCUCAUGCUACAGAAAUGUUUUGAAGGUAAGGAAUGACCUGAAAUUGCAUUCCAAAGGGGCUUUUCUUGAAUGUGAUGCACUGAUUUUUGUUAUGGUGUUUUCAUAUAUUCAUAGUGAAUUGUUCACUGCUUCCUUAACUAUUGUUUACAGAGAGACUGAGAAUCAGGUUUGUUCUCUUCUAAGUGCUGUAGCAACCCAGUGGUUCGAGAAACCUGUGAGGGGAGUUUGGGGAGGGACCUGAAAGCAGAUAUCUGAGACCAGUGUAAAGAAUGUGUAUCUGUAUAUAAAUAAUUUAUCAAACAGUUUUCUCUCUGUGAGUGUGUUUGGUGUAUUUAAAGCUGCUCAUUUUCAUUUUAUUCAACCAAAAAAGUGUAGGAAGAUAUCUAACGAGCUUCUAGUGAUGUUCAAUAUUGCUGUUAAUAGGCACUAUGCCCUGCAAAUUCACUGCAUGUUUGAUGCUUGGCAAAAUUAGCGUUUUCUGUAAUAUGCAGAUUACAGGUAAUAAAGCAAUCUAGUGGUAUUCCCGGCCCUUGCCUUAGUAAGAGGAGCAGUGAAACUGUAAAUAGUUGAUGUUCAGUAUUUGCAAGUAAACAUUUUUUCUGUAGUUGUUCAUUGAUCUCAAGACACACACUUAGUUUGCAAGUACCAGAUAUCAGGAUUUACAGAAGUGCAGCAUUAGAGUAACUUGAAUGUUUAAUACUGGAAAAAUCAACAUCGUCUUGGACACAGUUUUAAUGGGAGAGGUUUGGGUGUAGAGAUGGCAAGAAGCUUUUGCUAUUUUUGUCAGACAAAAUUUGUAAUUCUAACGAAGACAUGUUCUGUUUCAGUGAAAACAGUUGACAUCAGUUAUUAAUAUUUUUUUCUAAUAAGAAAAAAGCAUGAAGACUUCACAAUGUUGUUGAUUUUAAUCACCAGUAAUAUUCUGCAUAUUUGUUUUGGGGAGUUUUUUUGUUGUUUUUUUUCCCACAUUUAUGCUGGGGGUCGGUUGACUUGAAGAGCUUAAAUCCACUUUAUUAAAUAUCACCUGGCACUAGAAGAGCAGUUCAGUAGGUGAUACAAGUUUUGGGUUUAGUUACCCGGUAGCAUUAACUGCCAUGAAUUGUGUCAUGCAGUCCAUGUCAAAAAUGUUUGCAGAAGAAGAGGUGAUCUUUGGUAGUAUGUAGUGAGAUCUGCACUACUUGUUAGUAGCUCUCUGGUGACAGUUUUGUUGAGACGUGCAGAAUUUGAGCAAUAGUAGGUAGUUGUGAAAAUGAACUUGCAUAUAUGGAUUUGGGAUGUAUGACGUUUCCAGUGCAAAAUGUAACUUGUCUUGAGUAACACUGAAUCGUUUGAUGUGAAAAUCGCGAAAUCAAGCAGGGGGGAGCCAACUAUGCAGCAUUUUUCUGUCAAGUUAUCAAACUGAAAAUUCACUUGUUGAACCAAAACUGCAUUGCUUCUGAAAGUUAACACAGCUGAUCCAGACCAACAGCAGAUCAGACCAACUUAAUCUGACAUAGGUAGAACAAAUGGGAAUUUUGUCUUGGCCCUAAACAUGUGCUGUUUCUUUGCAGGUUUCUGUAUUCUUUGAUGUCCAACAGAUUUUUUUUUUUUUCUAAAUUAAUGUGUAAAACAGCAUCACUACAUUUUAAGCUAUGUUUUUUUUUGUAUAUUCUUUAUUUAUAACUGUGCCAAGUAUUAUUUUAAUACUGUCAAGGUCUUUGAUGUAUUACAUUGUGAACAAAAAAAUCUGUAAAAUGUUUAAUAAAUUAGCUCUCCUUACAUAAAUUAAAUCUGUUAAAUUUUGUAAGUUAUUAAUCAAAUAAAUAUUGACUCUUAGA